AUGAUGAAAUACGAGUGCAGGCUUCACUUCAGAAAGUAUCCUAGGGAAGGAGAGAUCGUCAUGGGGAGGGUUGUGUCUAUAGGGGGAGAUGGGCUAACACUGAACCUACUGGAGUAUGGGGACCUUGAGGGGCUUGUGCUCCUUGGCGAGCUGUCUAAGAGGAGGGUGAAGAGCAUACAGCAGGUGACAAAAGUUGGGAACAUCGAGAUAUGCAAUGUUCUGAAGGUUGACGAGGAGAGGGGGUACAUAGAUCUAAGUAUGUCCAAAGUUACUGAGAAUGAGAAGGCCGAGUGUAGGGAGACCAGUGCAAAGAACAAGCUUGCGUACCAUAUUAUGCUUAAGGCUGCGAAAAGACUGAAAAUGGAGGUAUCGGAUCUGUAUGAAAAGAUGGGAUAUGAUAAGGAGGAGGAGUUUGGAUCUUUGUACUACUUCUUUGCAAGGGUUAAGGACAACGGGGAUAUAAUGGACGAUGAUGAGAUUGGAUUGACGAUCAAGAACCUGAUAAGAGAGCAAUUCCAGGCAUCCACAUACAAAGUCCGUGCAGACAUUGAUGUGAUGUGCUCAUCAAAAGGAGGGAUAGACUCUAUAAAGAAAGCCUUUGCUGAGGCUUUGAAGCUUGAUCCAAGACUCGAGUUCUGCUUGAUUAAGACACCCACAUACUCUGUGACACGUGUAUCUGGCAACAAGGAUAAGGCUUACGAGGUCGUACGGGAGGCGUGCAACAUCCUGAUCUCAAAUAUUCAGAAGGAGGGAGGGACUGCCACUGUAAUAAGCCAGCCGAAGCUGUAUGGGGAGAAGUCGAGAUACAACCUAUUGAACUUUGAGGAGAAUGAAGUGUCUUCUUCCGAAUAA